AAUUUAGUUUUGUGAAAUUUAGAAAUGCUCGGCAAAAAAUUGAGUUUCGAAGUAGUUCAACUUAUUUAUUAUAAUCAAUAUAUGAAACAGUGCGCCAAGCCAUACUCCGGCAUAAGUACCAUUCACGAGUAGCAAGAAAUAAAUUUAUGCUGUCGGCAAUUAAAAUCGAAAAGCGGCUUACUUUCGCUAUCAGAAUGUAACAUACAAGCUUCAUCCGAAAGCGGGCACAAUGCUGAAGGGUUACAAGACGGAUGAGGACAAGAAGGUGAAGCGACUGUACCACCAACGCUAUCGCACAGAGUGGGAGAAAUAUCCGGAGCUCUCCAGCUGGCUGGCGUCUAGUAAUGACGGUUACUCGGCGCACUGCAAGAUCUGCGACAUCAAUGUCCUCGCCAGACUAGCGUCCAUCAAGCAGCACCUCGCAACGCGGAAACACCAGAAUAUGAUUAAGGGUGAACUUGUCAAAGAUGAGCAUGACCCAGACUUGGAGGCCUCCAUAAUUUCACCCAAAGCAAAGCCCAAAGCCAAAUCAAAGACCUAUCCAAGGCAAAAGCCAAGGAGCAAAAUGCAGCCAAAGAUCAAGAACGACACGAAGGUGGAGAGCAUGGAGGAGGAGACGGAGGAGGACGAAAUCGCCUCGAACGACUCAAUCCUGGAUGAUUUACUCAGAACAGAUCAGCCCUAUCAAGAGCAAGAAUUUGAGGUUGAGAACGAGUUCCUCGAAGUACAACAGAAUGAAACAGAUCUCCAGGACCAAGAGGUGGUCUACGAGGAAGAGAUGAUACAGCUCAAGCCGGAAGAUACGGAGAUUAAUAACGAAUACCAAGUCGACGCGAUGACGGAAGACACCAUUAUUAGUGAAUUUGACUUGUUUGGCAAGAGUUUGGCUCUGCAGCUGAACAACAUGGACCUGGAGGACGCACUAAUGUGCCAGGAGCGUCUGCAGGUGGUCCUAACGGAAUUUCGCCUGAAGGUGCUCAAGCGCAAGAGAGAGCAAGCACGAUCUUCGUAGGCUUACAAUUUAUAUCAAGCUGUCUUAUGUACAUAAUAUAAUUUCUUUAACAACUAAAUAAAUAACUAUUCUGCCUC